AUGCGAACAGCACUUUUGGCCGGCUACCUGUUGGGCUGUAGUUUGUGCAUCAACGCGGCGCCGACAACGGUUCAACCUGGUGCUGACGGCAGCGUGGUCAACAGUGGCACCUCCAAUGACUUCAACGAUGUUUGGCGGGCCUGGAUGAUGUUCAAUGGAUUUACACAAGAUUUCUCCGGCGUCACCGCGCCACCGGGGAUCGAUUGGAGCUGGCUGAUCGGCGGGAGCGGCCCCAUAGAGAUCGACAAGGUAACCCCACCGCCUGGGUUUGACUGGUCUUGGGCCUUGAACCCAUCUACCGCCACGACAACACAAAAAGCGGCGACUACGGACUCAACUACCUACUACAUUUAUCUGUGGCAAAUGUGGCUGCGGGCGCAGGGCUACACCGGUGACGUCUCCCUCGUCACCCCACCACCAAACAUGGAUUGGAGCUGGCUGGUCAGUGCCGCAAAAUCGGCCAAUGGCGGAGUCCCCGACUUCUCGACGGUAACCGGACCGGGCGGCCUGAACUACCAGUGGAUCGUCUCCCAGGCCACCGCUGCCGCGAAUGCCAACGGCGCCACACAGACGACUACCGUCUCCUUGCAGUGGUUGUGGCAAAUGUGGCUGAAAAGCCAGGGCUACACCGGUGAUGCCUCCCUCGUCACCCCACCCCCAAAUAUGGAUUGGAGCUGGCUGAUGACUGCCUACAAAAAUAGCAACGGAGGCAACCUCGAUUUCUCCUCGGUGACGGCACCAAGUGGAAUGAACUACCAAUGGAUUGUUUCUCAAGCUACUGCAGCUCAAAAUGCGGCCGAUGCCACUCAAACGACUACCGUCUCCCUACAAUGGCUGUGGCAAAUGUGGCUGAAGAGUCAGGGCUACACCGGCGACGCUUCUCUCGUCACUCCACCCCCAAAUAUGGACUGGAGCUGGCUGAUGACUGCCUACAAAAAUAGUAAUGGAAGCCGGCCCGACUUCUCGGCGGUAACCGCCCCAUCUGGCCUCAACUAUCAAUGGAUACUGUCGCAUGCUCAGAAUAAUGCUCCGUCAAACGGAAUUGGUACAAAGGCACCUGGUCAAGCUCCUGGUGGAGAUGAUCAAGAAGCCGGAGGACGAUCCGGGGAGCGUGAGAGCGGAGACGAUGACAGCAACCCAGCGGAAGAAAUUGGAGAUGAAGGCUCAGGAAAUGGGGAUAACGGUGGAGCCGGAGGAAAUCCGGCGCCUGGUGCACCGCAAAACGAUAUUCCGCAAAAUCCCAAUGGCCAGAACCCAGGAGAUGAUGAGUCGGAGGGGGGUGGCAGCUCGGAAGAAGACACAGAAAACGGAAAAACCAAGGCUCCAGCGCAAAGCGGAAACGGUCCAGCAGGAAACAACGACGCCGAGGAGGGCAGUGGCAGCGCUGUAGAAGACGCAGGAAAUGGCAAAACGAAAGCUCCAGGACAAGGAGGAGACGCUCCGGCAGGCGGCAACGACUCCGAGGAGGGCAGCGGUAGCUCGGAGGAGGGGGACAGCUCGUCGGAGAGCUCGGAAGAGGAUUCUGGGACGGGUGGAAACGGAAAUGUCGGAAAUGGUGGUAGUUCGGAAACGGGCUCUGGAAAUGGCGAUUCCGGAAACGGAAAUCCUAGCGGUUCUGGAGGCUCCGGUUCCACCGGGAACGGAAGCCCGUCCAAUGGAGGUUCCGGAAGCGGCGAGUCGGCGGAGACUGGAAACGGCACCAAUGGAAGCCCAGGAGCAGAAGGCUCCGGAAAUCCUCACGCCCCCGGCGAUUUGGGAAACGGUAACGGAAGCGGAAGCGACGAAGGAUCACCGGCUGGUACUGCCGACUCCGAGAGCCCGAAUGGUGAUUCCGGGCAUGGAAAUGGUACUGCCGAGUCGGGUGAUUCUGGUAACGGAAACAAUGAUGGAGCACCAAAUGGAGGUUCCGGAAACGGAAACGGCACUUCUGGAGGCUCCGGGAAUCCGGGCGGAUCAGGUGAUUCUGGAAACGGUAGUACAACCGGAAACGGAACUACCGUAAGUCCUGGAAACGGCACAAGCAAUGGGACCGGCAGCGGAACGAUCAGCGACGACGAUUAUGCCAAUGACAUCGAGGCCCAAUACCGCUGCAACCGGACCAUCCAGGGGCAGAAGGGAACGUUCUUCAUCCGCAGCAACAUCCGUCACUUCCGACGCACCGGCCAGGACUGGGCCAAGUGCUCCAUCUUGUGCAUCGCCAAGGCGGACUGCAUCGGAAUCGAACGGACCGAUACGGCGUGCUAUGAAAUUGGCAGUGCAGAGGCUCUCGACGCCAAGGAUGGAAUCUGCGUGGCGUCCUCAGCUCCAGAGGGCUGCAGUUUGGUGCCGCUCUACAGCAAUGGCACCUUCCUGUUCGCCCAGAACGCCGACGACCGCACGAUGAUCGGUUACAUGUCGACGACGCCGAACAACUGCGGGGCCACCAUCUCGAUCAGGCCAUUGGCGAAGCAGCUCAGUGGAGCUGCCGAUCGGAUGUAUACCUAUAGCAGCCGAACCGCACAGCUCGUCAACCUGGGGUGGAAAGAUUCGGGGAAUUUGAUUGGAUAUCUCUGGCCGGGUGGCCGGACCGGAAACUGUAAUCCGGCUCCAGGAGCUUCCAAAAAUGACACUGGGGCCGAUGCUGAUCCGGUGCUCACUUCCGAUGACGUCUCGAAAAACGCUACCUGGCGCUGUACCGGGAUUCCGGAACGCCAGGGGAAGACUGGAACGUUUCUCAUCGAAUCCAACCUCCGCUACUACCGCCUCAACAACAAUCAUGUCGCCUUCUGCUUCUCGUACUGCAUCAACAACCCGCGAUGUGGAGGUGUUGAGAAGACCAACGACAGCUGCUACGAAAUCGCUUCCUCCACGAAAUUGCGCGAUUCUCUUGUCUUUGCCACGAACGCAACGCUGACAAGCGGCCAGGUGUAUAUCAGGAACACGAUUUGUUCAGACCUGCCACCAGUCAAGCAACUCCGCAAGGCCUUCCUCCAAGGCGUCACCACGCCAUACCGUUGGGGGCUGAUUCCGAGUGGAUUUGCGGAGGGGAACAGUGGAGCUUGUCUCGCCUCUGAGCAACCGACUAACUGCCCGGGUCUCGAGAAGCUGUACGCUUUUAAUAAUGGCACGGCGAUCACCUCAAACCAGACCGCCUACCCGGGCUCCACCUUCAUCGGCUACUUCACGUCGAUUCCGAACUACUGUGGCGCGACGAUGCCCGUCAAUGGAUGGACCAGGGCUAGUGAUCAAGGUCGAAUUUAUACAAUUCCGAACAUCGCACCGGGCUGGACCGAUACAGCUCUUGUAACGGCUGGCUGGACAAAAGCUGCUUGGGUCGGCUACUUCUGGCCGGGACUCAGAACCGGAAAUUGCGAUCCUCCUACCGUAGCCCCGAUAGCACCCGAUCCGGUGACCGGCAACGAGCCCUGGCAGUGCACUGCUGAUCGACAGGGACUCGCUGGCGACUUCCUCAUCCCCACCCCGUACGCCUACUUCCGGUUGAGCAACACCACGCUGACCAACUGCGAGGAUGGAUGCCUAGCAAAAGCCAGCUGCGUUGGAGUCGAGCGGCUCGCCACCGGCGACUGCUACGAGGUUGCCGGCGUGGAUCCGAUCAGCUCGCUGUUGGUGAACGUCGCCUCCACCGUGGUCACCAACGGGACCGUUAGGAUGUUGGUCAGAAGCAGGAGCACCACCGCCCCGCCGCACCGCUGGGGCGCUAAAGUUGCUGGGACAACGGCCGAGGAUGCCGGCUUCUGCCUGGCAGCCUCCAGCCCGGCGAACUGCACCGGCCUGAAGAAGAUCUACGCCAAGCCCGAUGGUACCGUACUCGCUGUCGAGGGUGCCAACCCUCCCGCCGACUACCAGCUCCUCGGCUACUACUCGAGCGUGGCCAACCAGUGCGGAGCCACUGUUCCCGUCAUCACGUAUUCACGCGUCACCGAUGGUGAUCGGAUGUAUGCAGUCAUUGGUCCGGCCGACAACCUCAUCAAGCUCGGAUUUGUGAAAACGGCCAGUUGGCUUGCAUAUUUUUGGCCUGGUGGUGCGGCCGGAAAUUGCCCGGUU